AUGGGCCGAUCCAGCGUCCUGGUUCGCCUGUCCGGGCGAAAGCAGGGAGAUCAGUCUUCCACCUCCAACGGUAAUGGCGUGAGACGAGAGGCGCCGCAGAACUCAUGGCGAGGCAGGUCCCUUGCUUCCCUCAGUCGCAAGCUCCCGCCAGGUCUCAAGCCCAAGUCCCCCUCUGCGGCCUUUGAUCCGGUUGUUGUGCAGCCUGUGGUCAAUGACGACGACGACAGCGAGGAAGAAGCUCAAGGUUACUACCCGAGACCCGUUGAGGUCAUCCGCCAGGAGGAAUACCCCCACAUGAACCAGGGAGUGUACCUCGACCACGGCGGCACGACCAUCUACGCGCGCGCGACGAUCGAGCGCACGACGGCCAAGCUGCUGGCGAACCUGUACGGCAACCCGCACUCGGCCAACCGGCCGGCGGCGCUGUCGGGCGACGUGGUGGACUGCGCGCGGGCGCGCGCGCUGCGCUUCCUCGGCGCCGACCCGCGCCACUUCGACCUCGUCUUCGCCGCCAACGCCACCGCCGCCAUCAAGCUGGUCGCCGACGCCUUCCGCGACCUGGCCGCCCGCUCAUCGCGCGCCCCCGCCUCCCGCGCCUCGUUCUGGUACGGCUACCACCGCGACGCGCACACCAGCCUCGUCGGCGUGCGCGAGCUCGCCGGCGGCGACCACCACGUCUUUGCCGAUGACGAGGAGGUCGAGGCGUGGUUGGAUGGUGGAGAUGGAGGAGAUAGGCUGUCGAGUCUGGGGCUGUUCGCGUACCCCGGCCAGUCGAAUCUCACGGGCCGGCGGCUGCCGCUGGAGUGGGCGGGCAGGCUGCGGCGCGCGGCGAGGGCGCGGAGGGACCUGCGCGACACGUACAGCUUGCUGGACGCGGCGGCGCUGGCCAUGACCAGUCCGAUGGCGGAGGUGUUUGCGGAUCCCGAGGCGGCGCCGGAUUUUGUGUGCGUCUCGUUCUACAAGAUCUUCGGGUUCCCGGACCUGGGCGGGCUGGUGGUGCGCCGGGACUCGGGCCACAUCCUCGCGCUGAGGAAGUACUUCGGCGGCGGGACCGUGUCCAUGGUGAGCACCAUCAGCGGGGCGUGGCAUCUGUCCAAGGCGCUGGAGCGGACGGCAGGGGCCCGUGAUGGGGAGGCAUCCGUCGGUGGCGCGCUCCACGAGGGCCUCGAAGAUGGGACUCUGCCGUUCCACAGCAUCUUGGCGCUUGGGGAGGCCAUCGACGUGCAUGCUGAGCUGUUCGGGUCGAUGCAGAGCGUCUCGGCGCACACCACCGCGCUGGCGAGGAGGAUGUAUCGGAGGAUGAAGAGGCUGAGGCACUACAAUGGGCAGCCGCUGUGUGAGGUUUAUGGGGAAGGGGCCGGGGGCGCGGCGUAUGGCGAUGCCAGACGGCAAGGGGCCACGAUUGCGUUUAACGUGUUCAGGGCGGAUGGGGGCUACGAGUCCUACGCUACGGUGGAAAAACUGGCGAAUGAAAGUGGGAUUUACGUGCGAUCAGGAGGGAUCUGUUGCCCCGGGGGCGUAUACGCUGCACUGCAGUAUGAGCCGUGGCAGUUGGAUCGGGCAAGGUCCGCCGGACAUCACUGUGGUCCCAACGGGCUGAGCCUCAUCAAUGAGUUGCCUACUGGAGUCGUACGAGUCAGCCUUGGCGCCAUGAGCACCAUUCAGGAUGUCGACAAGUUCUUGGCCUUCUUACACGACACAUUCACUACGCGGGAGGACAGCGCCUAUGGUAACAGCAACGGCGGCGGCUCUGCAGCUUCGGUCAAGUCUGAACCUGGCGAGGGCUAUGGCUAA